AUGAGCUCCUCUCCCAUCAUGCCGCGUGUGUCCGUCGACAUCUUGGAGGAACUGCAGCUCUUUGCAGCUCAAAACCUGGAGAAAGUGGAGGUCAGCAAGUACUAUGAGGUCAUACGAGAGCUUGGGAAGGGCACUUAUGGGAAGGUGGACCUUGUCAUCCACAAGAUCAGAGGCACCCGGAUGGCUCUGAAAUUUCUAAAGAAGAAAACCACCAAGCUGAAGAGUUUCCUCAGAGAGUACAGCAUCUCUCUUUACCUGUCUCCAUGUCCCUUUAUAAUCAACAUGUUUGGUAUUGCAUUUGAAACAGAGGAGUACUAUGUGUUUGUACAGGAGUAUGCGCCCUCUGGUGACCUAUUUGACAUCAUUCCUCCGCAGGCGGGGCUUCCCGAACCUGUGGCUAAGCGAUGUGUCCAUCAAGUGGCCAUCGCAUUGGACUAUCUCCAUUCAAAAAAGCUAGUGCACAGAGACAUCAAGCCCGAGAACAUCUUGAUCUUCGAUAAGGAAUGCCGCAAGGUCAAGCUGUCAGACUUUGGCAUGACCAGGCGAGCCGGCUCUCCGGUGAAACGCGUGAGCGGAACGAUCCCCUACACGGCCCCCGAGCUCUGCGACACGUCCAAGCACGAGGGCUUCUGGGUGGACUAUAGCACGGACGUGUGGGCCUUCGGUGUUCUGCUCUUCUGCAUGCUCACCGGAAACUUCCCCUGGGAAAAAGCCAUGCCCUCCGACAACUUCUAUGAAGAGUUUGUGCGCUGGCAGAGGAGGAGGACAGGCAUGGUACCGUCGCAAUGGCGCCGCUUCACAGACGAAGCCUUGCGGAUGUUCCGAAAGCUUUUGUCACUGGAGCAGGAAAGGCGCUGCUCCGUCAAAGAGGUGUUUGCUCAUUUUGGCCACCGCUGGAUGCUGGAUGGGCAGGGUGGUGGAAGUCACCAUCAGGCUGUGAUGAACUCUUCGUCUGAGGAAGAGGAGCUACUCGUGGACCGGAUGAAACAGCAGACGCUGUCUCCGGCGGUCAAGAGCAACGGCGUGGAACCCGCCACAACCAUCGCUCACCACUUCACCUCCGUGUCUACCAACAGCUCAGUGUCUUCCACCAACAGCUACGAGCGUUCGGCCAGAGACAGCCCUCCUAGCAGCCGCCUAUUGGUCACCACUCCUAUAGAGAUCUGCGUUUAGCUUAAACCGCACAAGUUAAUUCACAGUUUCACAUAUUUACAAAACCAGACACACUCACAUGUGAAUAAAACUUUUGCACAUCUUCUAGAAGGAUUUCGCAGAUUCAUGUAGUGGCAUUCAUUCACAGUGAAUGAAGAGAAGCUUUGUAUAAUCAGUAUUUGAUUCUUCAGAGUUCGUUGAGUUGAGAGCGGCCUUUAGCUGUGCAUCUUUGUUUAACAUUCCUGACAGAUAUAUAUGCACUUCUGCGUACAAAAUACUGGGCAGGUUGUACUUUGUUACUCAUGGAUAAGCAAUUCACCAAUAAAAGAGUGGAUUGAGAUGAAGAUUUAUAAGCUUGAAACCAGUUCGGACAGUUUGAGGGAAAAUGUAUUAGGGCUUCCUGAAACUUUUCUAAAGCAAUACAUGAAGCAAAAAAUGAGGAGCGCUAACGGUGAUCUACGUUCUAACGAGGAAGAUGUUGAAAAUUAUUUUUGUGACCAAGAAACACAAUUCAGGAGGACUUAAAAUGUUUGAUGUUAUGAUCUCCGAGGUACCAUGUGAGUGUGUGUUUGUGCGAUAGUUUGAGUGUAUAAUGUAAUAUUUCGUUUUAUAUACUGGAAUGUUCAGUACAUGCAAAAAACCUGAGGAGGUUGUGACAUGUUUCGGUCAUGUCAUGGGUUUUGCAUGUAGGCCUACUUCAAGUGUAUCUAAUUCUGACCUGUAGACUGUUGUUUGAAUUUCUUCAUUUAUCAGGAUUCUUAGUAUUGAGAAAUAUAUUUUUUUCAGUUUUAAAGUAGUUGAGGAUGUUUGCAUUUAUUUAUUUUAGUACUUGGUGACACGGUCGCGCUAAAUUCAAUUUGUAUUUAUCUGCACUAUAAUUUGAAUACUAGUUUGUCCUUGAAAUAGUGUUAAGAUAGCAACAUUGAAAAAAACUGAUGUUUGGUUUCUUUAUCUUUUCUAAAAGAGCUGUGGUUUGACGUUUUUCUUCGUUGUGAACUUUCUGUUGCAAAAACAGUGAUCUGGUUCAGAUCCCUUCCCCCUUUAAAGUCUUUGUUUUUUUUCUACAUUGGUUUAAAAACAAACUCUAAAGACAGUAGAUGUGCACAAUCACAUUCCAAUAAUUGCAUGAUUGCAAAAACAAUUUAUUGAAGAAAAAACAUUUAAGAUAUGUGAAAACUGUUGUAAUGUGAAAUUCUUUCUGUCAGAAUUUUUUGCAUAAUGUGUCAGAGUGAAAUUGUAGUAGAUGACUUAGGGCUAAACAUCGAGCCAGAUGAAUAAUUGUUAGUUGUGUUGUGUCGUUUUUGUGUGCUGUUGUUGUGGUUAUUUCUCACUGAACUACCUGGAAAAGGCAGUACUGUACCGACUAUUCGGGAGAGGUUUAAAGAACUGUAGAGGGCAGACUUGAGCCUUUCUGAGAAAUUAAGUUAAGUUAAUGCCUUGAAGAAAAACAAACUGGUUUUCAUUAGAAUUAUGUAUUUGUGUUUUAUUUUUGUGUACAUUUUUGCAUGAUCUUUCUACGUGUGUUUGAAUUUGUUCUAUAGAUAUUGCAAUGUCACUUUGCUUCAAAUCUGGUCCACUGGUCUACAAGAGAUCAGCAUAAAAUCCUGUUUUUACAUGUAGGAGACAUUUAGGAACUCUGCUGGCAUUAGUGCAUUUAUGCUUUCUUGACCAUCAGAUUAGAUAUGAAAUGUUUACAGCAGUAUUUACAUUCUAAUCUUCAGUAACAUGAAAGGUGGACAAAGAGGAUUUGUUCAAUUACUUGAAUGUUGUUCUGCUGGUUGUGCUCAAGCUUUUGGUUUGUGGUGGUAUUUGAUUGGCUAUCAGUCAUCUUGAAACAAACUCUUAAACUCAUCCAACUCCUGUCUUUGCAAUACAACUGUCUUCCUCUAAAUUUGGAUUUAUUCAGAAAUAAAUCUUGACCAAAAGUG